AUGCUCCCUCUCGUCCUACUGGGCAUACGCUCGGCGCCCAAGGAGUACCUCGCAUGUACGGUUUCCGAACUGGUUUACGGCACCACCCUGCGUCUCCCCGGCGAUUUCUUUCCACCGACCGAUCAAGCUCCGCCAGAAUACCCCCUAACAGUCUUUCUCCUACUCCGACCCGCGCUGCUCAACCUAAGUCUCUGUUCGUGCCUCCCGACCUCGAUGCUACCACACAUGUAUUCCUACGGCACGAAGCAAGUUCGCAAGUCGUUGCAGCCUCCCCACGACGGUCCCUUCAGAGUUUUCUCACGCUCCGACAGCCACUUCACUGUGCAGCUUCCCAAUCGGCAAGAGCUUGCCGCCAAAGCCCGCCUGAAACCCGCUUAUCUGGAGUCCGACACAACGCCUGGCCCUCCUGCACCUGCGUCGCUCAACACAAUGCCUCCACCACGCCGUCCCAGCCCCGUAGACGCCAUGUGCACGGUGCGCUUCCGCCUUCCCGAGAAGGGGGCCCAUUGUAGCUCUGACGACGACGACCGUGGGGCACUCUGCCUUGCGCGCGCCGAUAUUCUUGGCGCCUUGUCUUGUCAACAGCGGGCCGUUUUCCCCGCAGCGCUCCAGAAUGAAGUACGAUGUUGCCACAAUACAAAGCACAUGCUUGGACCCAAUACCCAGUGGGAUAGUUGUGUUGAUAUUACAGCAAUUUGA